CUACAGGAAUUCUGUCACUACAAAAGAGGCAAGCUGGAGAGGUUUCAAUGCAUGUCACAGGUAAUUGUGACUUGGCAACUAUAACUGAUGACGUCACUCCUCUUUUCCCAGAGUGGGCUUUUCAACACCUGGGCAAGGAGCCCUCUAUUUACACCAUCCCCAUAAUUUCAAAUCAUCUUGGUUCUAAAAAUGAGGAUGCAGUUCACAGAAAAGAACCACAACAGUUUUGUGAUGCAGGCCCUCUACAAGCAAAGAAAGAACAAGGAGUUUUGUGAUGUGGCUCUCAGUGUGGACCAGAAUGUCUUUUAUGCUCACCUCAAUGUCUUAGCAGCUGUGUCCUCCCAUAUAAGGAAUCUGAUAUCCAGCAAUGAUAUGAAAGCAGAUGACGAACUCUUCAUUAUCAUUGACUCCAAGUUCCUGAGCUCAGAUUUGGUGGAGGAGUUACUCAACUACUUUUAUACAGGGAAGAUUGUGAUUUCAGAGAAGAAUGUGGAAGAUCUGCUGAAGGGAGCCAAGUACUUCAGCUCCCAGACUCUGAAAAGUCACUGCUCUGACUUCCUCCAGAGGUCUCUCAAGAAGGAAAACUGCCUCCACUACCUACUCUUGGCCAAUAAGUAUGACCUGAAAGAGGUAGGAAAUUCUGCCUAUGAUGGUAUCCGAGACAAUUUCAAUUAUUGGGCAGGUCCUAAGGGCAUAGGAGAGUUUAUGAAUUGCCCUGCUUCCAUCUUUAGCAAACUUCUUAAGGAUGAAAAUCUUCAUGUGCAAAACGAAGACCAGACUUUUCUGGCUCUCCUUCAGUGGGUGAAAUACAAAAAGUCCGAAAGAGAGAAGUUGUUUAAAAAAUAUUUUGGUUACAUACAUUUAUCUGCUGUCUCCACCAAGACACUGCUUGCUGCCUGCCGUGAAGUGUUGCUCUUUGCUGACCAUACUGGCCCAUUGGCCCGGAUAGAAACCAUCUUGAGUGAGCGGAAGCAGGGCAAUCCUCAAAGUCUGAUGUUGCACCAGAGAAAAGGAGCACUAAUGGAUUCUGUGGUGAUUCUAGGAGGACAAAAAGAACAGGGGAAGUUCAAUAGUGGAGUUUUUGCAUACAUUCUUGGAGAGAACAUUUGGGUGAAGUUGACAGAGAUGCCUUACAAGGCUGCAGCUCUCAGUGCCACUUCGCUGGGGAAAUACAUUUAUGUCUCAGGAGGAACAACAGAGCAAAUCUCUGGCCUGAAGACAGCCUGGAAAUAUGACAUGGAUACUAACUCCUGGCUUAAGCUCCCAGAUCUGCCUAUAGGUUUGGUCUUCCACACCAUGGUGACUUGUGGAGGGGCCGUGUACUCAGUUGGAGGAAGCACAGCUCCAAGAAAAUACAUUUCAAGUAUCUAUAAAUAUGAUGAGAGCAAAGAAAAGUGGGUUCUCGCUGGGAAGAUGAGUAUACCUAUGGAUGCAACUGCACUAAUCACCAAGGGAGACAAAACUAUUUAUAUUGUGACAGGGAGGUGCUUGGUGAAUGGGCGAUUCUCUCGAGUGGGUGUGCUAGAUUGCUUUGAUACUGAAACUCGGAAUGUGGUGCAAUACAUCACAUUUCCCAUUCAAUUCAACCACAAGCCCUUGUUGUCUUUUCCACAGGAGAACCUCUUGAGUAUUCAGAGCCACAAAGAGAGUGUGGAAAUAAACUUACAGAAGAUUAAAAUGAACAAAUCCACAAAACUUGUGCCUCUCUUACCAAAUAACUAUAGCUUGGAUUUGUCGCAUGCUGUGUGCUCAGUUGGGAAUAACAAAGUCUUUGUGUGUGGUGGUCUCAUUUGUCCAGGCGACAAACGUCCUGAGGAAUAUUCCAUCAAUCGGCAAGCAUAUAUGCUAGAUCAAAGCAUAGGGGAAUGGAGGAUUUUGGCUCCACCUCCUGAAGCUCUGGAUUGCCCUGCUUGUUGUACAGCUAAGUUGCCAUGCAAGGUGCUCCAGAAAACAGUAGUCAAUUAAUUUGGGAAGACAAAAACAAACAAAAUUUCUAGCAAUAAAGAAUGACUGGA